UUUUCUUUGGCGAGAUAAUGUAGUAUUUCAGGGCUAACGUGUAGGUAACGUUACCUGACGCUAUUUGCGUUUUUUAUAUUCCGUCAUACACGGUAGAAUUACCAUUUGGGAGAGAAGUGCGUGUCUACACGCGCAUUCCGUCUUGCGGCAAGUCACAGGCCUGUAGUGAUCGUAACACUCGUGGGUCUGUAAAAUCAAGAUUAGAGUUCCAGUCCAUGCUCAGGUUCUGAUCCUUGAUGGCAGGGGCCAUCUACUCGGUCGUCUUGCCGCUAUUGUGGCCAAGCAAGUGCUGCUGGGCCACAAAAUUGUGGUGGUGAGGUGUGAGGGUAUCAAUAUCUCUGGAAACUUCUACCGCAACAAAUUGAAGUACUUAGCUUUUCUCCGCAAGAGGAUGAACACCAACCCUUCCCGUGGACCGUAUCACUUCAGAGCCCCCAGCAGAAUCUUCUGGAGGACAGUAAGAGGUAUGCUUCCACAUAAAACCAAGAGGGGUCAGGCUGCUCUGGAUAGGCUGAAAGUGUUUGAUGGCAUCCCUCCUCCUUACGACAAGAGAAAGCGCAUGGUCGUCCCAGCUGCCCUCAAGAUUGUGCGUCUGAAGCCCACUCGCAGAUUUGCCCUGCUUGGACGUUUGGCCCAUGAAGUUGGUUGGAAGUACCAGGCUAUCACCGCCACUCUGGAGGAGAAGAGGAAGGAGAAGGCCAAGCUGCGCUACACAAAGAAGAAAACUGCGAUCAAGCUGACCAAACAGGCAGAAAAGAACGUUGAAAGCAAAAUCGCAGAAUAUACUAAAGUUCUUAAACAUUAUGGUGUCCUUGUUUGAGCUGUCCCUGCAGCCAGUCCAAAUAAAUGUUUAUAGAAACUA